GGACUAGCCACACCUCCAACACUGAGGGCUCAAAUCAAAGGUCACUUCAAUAAUUUCAGAUUCUCCUGUUACACUUCGCCGGUGCGACUUAACAGCAACACACCACACAUAAAGCCAGACAACAUUAGACCACUUGAAUAUACUGUAUGAAUGAACACCACACAUACUAAACUGUGAGCCAUGUCCAGAGUCGAGGCUUUUGAGGAUCCUGACCCCCGUUCCCAGCUCAAGGAAUUCCGCACGGACAUCUCCAUGGUGAUUGAUGAUCCCUUCCCACUGCUCUAUGGGUUGGUGGACCGCAGCAUCAUCAGCGACCAAAUUCUGAAGGAUACCCUGGAGAGGGAGGGCAGAGAGGGGAUCCACAAGGCCAUGUACUCCCUGCUUUCCUGGCUCCUGGAGCAGAGUAGGACCACCAUCCAGGCCUUCUGGACCAACCUGGCCAAGGACUACAACCAGCACAGCUACCCAAGACUGCAGGCCCUCCUGACCAGCAUUCAACCAGGUAGGGAGAUGGUGGGCUCCAAGCAGGGGAAGAGAUCCCCACGAGGGUCUCGAGAGUCCCACAGCAGGAAGAGGGGCCUGGGGGAGAGACACCCUCAUCACCCUCACCACUCUCAGCACCACGGAAAAAUAUUACUGUGCUAUUACCAUGUAGCAGGUGUCCAGGCGGUGUCCACCUCGGUCCAGAGGGCAGUCACUCUGUCGUCCAGUGAGCUGCCGGUCAGCUGUGGGGCCAGAGAGGAGAUCCUCAUCAAACAGGUGUUUGGAUCUGGAAGUGCCAAAAAGUGCAUUAAAGUGGGUGGUGAGUAUUACACCUCUGGGCCAUUCGAUGAGCUGACUGGAGGACACAAGACAAAGUCUGCAAAUACUAAAUACCACCACAAGGAGGAGUCCAGCACCAGGGUUAGAGACGCCCAGCGUAAUGAUGAUGAGUGUGCAGUGUGUAAAGAUGGAGGUGAGCUCAUCUGUUGUGAUGGCUGUCCCAGGGCCUACCACCUGACCUGCCUAGACCCUCCCCUCACCACAAUACCAAGUGGCACUUGGCGCUGUCAAUCAUGCCAUAGCAAUAAGGUGAGAAGAGAGAGAAUCUACCCAGUACUACCUGUUCAGCCCUUGGCUCAGAGCCAGUUGACAGAGACCAGCUCCAGUAACUCCACCAUCGACUUCUCCUUCUUCUCUUCCUUAUCCUCCACCUCUCUCUCCGGCGUCACCACAACCAAGAGCGGUCAGGUCUGUGCAUAUCAGUGUGCAGGUGGCGAGGUGGUGGAGGUCAGGGAGACGUGUGGGGUUUGCCUCCUCAGUGGAGGAGACCUGACCCUCUGUCUCCAGUGCCUACAGAAGUACCACACCUACUGCCACUUCCCAAAUGGGAGGUCCGUCUGCUCCUCCUGCAGUAGGCCCUGGGGCAGCUCAACAGACAGAGAGGCGGAAUCCAAGAGCUUACAGGUUGGUCUGACUCCACACACUCAGGAGCACACCUCUCUCUCAGAGCCCAUCCUACACAAGGAUGAACUAGACUCCAUCAUGGGAGAGAGCUCCAUAGAUGGGAUCCUGCAGUGGGCUUUCCAUAACAUCUCCAGGCCUCUCUCGGACACUCAGGGCUACUUCCAAUGACAUACACACGCACACAUAACAAGCUCAAAACACAUGUUAUGAUCUCACACAAACACAAUCCCACUCUCUUUUUAUCUCUCUAUCUCUCUCCUCCUUAAAAGAAGGAUCCACAGUUCAACAUAACAGAUGAUUUCAUUUCUAUUGCUCCAGACACUGAGAAUGCCUCAGUUCUAGAAUUUCUUGAAGACCGUCACUUAGCUCAGGAAUGUUGUUUUUGUACAUUUUCAGGAGUUUAGCAUAACUCCACGAGGGAUGCAGUGCAAUGGGCGUUUAUUCUCGACGGGACAUUAAAGAAACCGUCUCCUAGCGGGGGCUCACUUCUCAUAGGCUAGAAGUCAUGUAGUAAAUCCGGGACACUCAAAUGAAUAUGAUAUGUUACGUUUGGUACGGUUACUUAAUUAAGGCUAAAAUGAAAGUGGUCGGUCGGGGUGGAUGGAUGGACACAUAAGCAAACGUCUAGCAAACCAAAGGUUGCGUGUUAGAAUCUCACCACAGACAACUGUAACAUUGUAGCAACUGCAACUACUUACUACUCUAAACCUAACCUUAACCCCUAACCCCUAGCUUAGCUAACGCUAGCCACCUAGCUAACUUCAGCCACGAGAAAUUGGGAUUCAUGACAUAUCAUACAUUUUGCAAAUCUGUAACAUAUUGUACAAAUUGCAAAUCCUGUAACAUAUCAUAGAAAUGGUCAUUCUUAACAUAUCAUAUGAAAUGGAUGACGGACAUCCACAAAUGAACACAUACCAUACAGUUUAAUGGGGUGUUCCCAUUAAACUGAGUGGUUGCGGAUAAAAGGCUGUGGGUGAUGACGUAGUGCACAUAAAAAGAUCUUUCAAUUCCCAUGUAUCGCAUUUUCCCCUCUACUGUUGGUUUUGGUCUGUUAAAAAGUUGUGGCCACUCUAGUCAUGGCACGUGCGCUCCAGCCAUUAAAGGUUGGAUCAAAACCUGGUUAGUGAGUCACUCAAUCUAUGAAAGGCCCAACAUCAUGUACAAUCUGUCAUGCUUCAUUGAAACCAAACAUUUGUGAUAACUCUCAAUAAACCGUAUCACCAGCACUGUUUAAAAAAUAACUCAAUGUCUUUUUGGAGGCCCGUCAGAAGAGUGACUCCGAAGGAGAGAGAGAGAGACGGGGGAACUUGCCAAGGCACAGAGCAGGGGGACGUUGCCAUUCUUCUUAUUUCCAAAACAAACAGGAGAUGUGAACAUUGUGAACCAGAUGGGUUUAAUGUAUCUGGUAUUUGCACAAGAUCAGGCCUGGAUGUACCCUGGCUCUGUUAAGUUCUGCAACCCUCUAUGUCAUGUGUUUCCACUGUUUUUCAAUAGUAAUUUGCCAAUCUUAGAUAAUAUUAAAAUAUUAGCCAUUUCUGAGACUCACUUAAACAGUACCUUUGAUGAUACAGCAGUAGGAAUACAAGGAUAUAACAUCUAUAGAAAAUACAGGAAUGUCUAUGGGGGAGGUGUUGCUAAAUACAGUACCAGUCAAAAGAUUGGACACACCUACUCAUACAAUGUUUUUUCUUUAUUUUUACUAUUUUCUACAUUGUAGAAUAAUAGGGAAGACAUCAAAACUAUGAAAUAACACAUGAAAUCAUGUAGUAACCGAAAAAAAAAGUGUUAAACAAAUCUAAAUAUAUUUGAUGUUUUAGAUUCUUCAAAGUAGCCACCCAUUGGUGGGGCUAUCAUUUGUUUUUCAAUUGGACAAUGACCCAACACACCUCCAGGCUGUGUAAGGGCUAUUUGCCCAUGAAGGAGCGUGAUGGAGUGCUGCAUCAGAUGACCUGGCCUCCGCACCCAACCUCAACCAAAUUGAGAUAGCUUGGGAUGAGUUGGACUGCAGAGUGAAGGAAAAGCAGCCAACAAGUGUUAAGCACAGUCUUCUAACAAGACUGUUAGAAAAGCAUUCCAGCUGAAGCUGGUUGAGAGAAUGUCAAGAGUGUUCAAAGUUGUCAUCAAUUCAGAGCCAUAUUCCUGUAAAGAUCAGAGAGGAUCUCAUGACAAAUGAAGUAGAAGUGCCUGCCUCACCUGCCUCAUCUGAAGCCUCUUCUUUUAGUGUGCUGCUAUAGGCCACCAAGUGAAAACUGUCGGUAUCUGGAGAAUAUAUAUGUGAUGUUUGAUAAGGUCUCUGAUGCUAACAGAUACAUUUAUUUUCUUGGUGACCUUUUUUAUUUUUAAAUGUUUCGCCUUUAUUUAACCAGGUAGUCCAAUUGAGAACAAGUUCUUAUUUACAACUGCGACCAGGCCAAGAUAAAGCAAUGCGACAAAAACAACAACACAGAGUGACACAUGAACAAACGUACAGUCAAUAACACAAAAAAAAAGAAAAAUUGAAAAAUCUAUGUACAGUGUGUGCAAAUGUAGAAGAGUAGGAAGGUAGGCAAUAAAUAGGCCACAGAGGCUAAAAUAAUUACAAUAUAGCAAUAAUACUGGAGUGAUAGAUGUGCAGAUGAUGAUGUGCAAGUAGAGAUACUGGGGUGCAAGAGGGUAAGUAAUAAUAUGGGGAUGAGGUAGUUGGGUGUGCUAUUUACAGAUUGGCUGUGUACAGAUGCAGUGAUCGGUAAGCUGCUCAGACAGCUGAUGCUUAAAUUUAGAGAGGGAAAUAUAAGACUCCAGCUUCAGAGCUUUUUGCAAUUCGUUCCAGUCAUUGGCAGCAGAGAACUAGAAGGAAAGGCAGCCAAAGGAGUGUUGGCUUUGGGGAUUGACCAGUGCAAUGUACCUGCUGGAGCGCGUGCUAUGGGUGGGUGUUGCUAUGGUGACCAGUGAGCUGAGAUAAGGCGGGGCUUUACCUAGCAAAGAUGUAUAGAUGACCUGGAGCCAGUGGGUUUGGCAAUGGAUAUGUAGUGAGGGAUCUUGCAACUUCUCGGUUCAUGGUCCAACACUAACCACUAGGCUACCCUGCCGCCCAAUUAAGCUCCAUCAUUCAUUGAAGUUGAUGGGUCGUUUAUAACAAAAUCUUUUGAUAUAACCAAUCAUUUCAAUGACUAUUUCGUAGGUUCAGUGGACAAACUGAGCAGUGAAAUCACAACAUCGAACAGUGAACCAUCAUAUUUGUGUAUUUAAGAUCUAAUAAUGAAAGACAAGGAUUGCCCUUUUGAAUUUGGUCAAGUUGGUCUGGAAGGUUGUUAUCCAUCAAUAAUGUUCCCAUUCUCAAACUAUUGAGAAUGGUAGCAGACUGUAUUGCCACCUCUAUUUGCCAUGUCUUUAACCAAAGCCUAAAGGAGUGUGUGUGUGUCCACAGGCGUGGAAGGAAACUAAAGUAAUUCCACUACCUAAAAAUAGCAAAGCACUCAUUGCUGGCCCUAACAGCCUCCCAAUCAGUUUGCUGUUGGUUCUUAGUAAACUGAUGUAGAGAAUGUUUGAACAAAUACAAUGCUAUUUUUAUAGGACAAGUUAACUACCGACUUUCAGCAUGUAUGUAGGGAAGGGUACUCAACUUGUACUGCACUGACUCAGAUGACUUAUGAUUGGCUGAAAUAAAUGGAUAAUAAGGUUAUAGUUGGAGCUGUAUUGAUAGAUUUCAGUGCAGCCUUUGAAGUUAUUGAUCAUAGUUUGUUAUUGAAAAACUCACUUGUUUUGGCUUUAUAUCACCUGCCAUCACAUAGUUGGAGUGUUACUUAUCCAAUAGAACUCAGAGAGUAUUCUUCAAUUGAAGCUUCUCUAACAAUAGAUAUGUGGGUGCGGUAUCCAUCAAGGCAAUUGCCUUGGGCCGUUACUCUUCUCUAUUAUUACAAAUUAUUUACCACUUGUCUUACAAGAAGCUAAAAUGACUAUAUAUGCUGAUGAAUGCACACUCUACACAUCAGCACCUACAGCCAGUGAGCUCACUGAGAAUCUUAGCAAGGAGUUGGGUAAGUAAUGGGUAAAUAACAGUAAACUGAUCUUAAAAACCUAUUAUUGUAUUUGGUUCAAAGCAUUCUCUUAGACCUAAAUCUACAACAGGUUAAAGAAGCUGAACUCCUAGGAGUAACAUUGGAUGGUCAGUUAUCAAGUCAUAUUGACAAGUUGUUGUAAAGAUUGGGACAGGUAUUUGUGUUAUAAAAAUAUGUUCUGUGUGCAGCAAAGAAACAGCAAAGAAAGACCUAGCAAAACUGCAACUGGAUCAUAACAAAGGGCUUUGCCCUUACCUGCACACACAGAACUAACAUCAACAACAUGCAUGAUAGUCUUUCACGGUUGAGGGUUGAGGAGAAAUUGAUUACUUGUCUUCCAGUCCUUUUAAGAAAAAUGUGUGUGUUGAAAACACUUGUACAAUCUAUUUGCAUACACUUCAAACAGACAUACAUACCCCACCAGACACGCCUCUGUGGGUUUCGUCACGGUACCCAAACCAGAAACAGAUUUAAUGAGUCGCUUAGUUAAUUAAGUAUAGAGCCAUGUCAUCGUUGAAUGCUCUGCCACAAGAGGUUUAAAAAAUUUAAAAAAUGUAUCACUGUGCCCCUCCUCUUUUAAAGAUCUAAUUUAACUGUACUGUAUAUAAGAAUAUGAAUAUGUAUAUAUGAAUUGUGUGUAAAUAGUAUUUUUCUUGCCUCUUGGUAUCUUUCCUAUAACUCUUAUUUAAUUUAGAUGAUUCAUUUCAUGUAAUAUCUUAUGUUGUUCUUGUCUAUUACUGUUCUGUACUUUGCCAUGUAUGUGUAUGUUUUCUGUGGACCCCAGGAAGAGUACUGUAGCUGCUGCAUGUGCAGUAGCUAAUGGGGAUGGGUAGCUAAUGGGGAUCCUAAUCAAAUAAAACUCUCCUAACAAGGCCUUCAUGAACUCUUUAUAAAGCGUAUAUAGAUGAUGCAGAAAUUGU